CCAGACGGGCUGACGCAACUCUCGCUUCCACUAAAACCCCGUCUUGCCGCGCUAGCCCCUUUGGCCGCGUACCUGGCUAGCGGGUGUUGCACUUGCGCUUGCACACCAAGUACUUACCUAUGUACCUCUAUCCCUAGUAGCUACUCGGACUGCAUACCAAGAACACUUGAAUGUACUUCAGCGUAUACACUAUACACCACCUCAUCCACAAUCACUUUUGCAUCCAGCCACAAGCCACAGCUCCUUCUCAAAUGUUCGCACAAACAGUGUAGCAGCAUCCCAACCAUAGGUCGUCUCGUAAUCCUCUCCGUUCCAUCUUUGUUGGUGCCCUAUACAUAAACAGCAACCUCAAGGCUGCCUGUGUUUCGAUGCCUCAACCGCAAAUUCAUGCACUCGCUUCCUCGGCCUCGCGCAAACACAACUUCACUGUAGCCCUGCUGCCGUAGUUUCUCACAUCCAACUCCGACCCGGACACGUCGUUCCUGAGCGUAAUCAGCCAACGCAUGGCGAUCCUGGGCUUCUUGUGGCUUCACAUGCUCUAGUCUGUUUGUGCCAAACUUGCCGUUACCUCAGAUCCUCCAGCUGAUCCCCCGCCAUCCUCCUCGCCGGAUUAUGCCAUGUAUGUAUGGACCUCUGCCCCUCCCACCGUACAGGCACUGCUACCCGUCACGAGGCGCCCAUCACCCCUCCAGACGUUGUUUGUUUGAGCCUACGGACACCAUACACCGACCCGUCAACGCCCAUUCUCCAGUUUCCAGAACAAGCGUCUCGGAUCUAAGCGGUGACUAAUCCCCGCUAAUCGACAUCGGUACCGAGAAACGACCAAGAAAAAAAGAGGCUCCACCUCACCCACCUCACCCGGUACAUGCUCCGCCGUGGAUACAUCCUCCGUACCCCAAAACCAACAAUAAACACAAGCCACACUCAAACACCGUCACAUUUGCUAGCUGAUCCAAACUUUUUUGAUUCCCUAAGAAUCCAAGCAUUGUUUGAAGGCUUACCUCUAACCCAGAUUUGGGCACCAAACAAUCCCCAAGAACGCCUUGUCAACUUGUAGCUUCAUAUGUCUGCUGUCUGCAAAGAAAAACAAUUCAGCCACACGUACAUGGCAUUUCCCCCAAUACAGCCACCCUCAACGAAGCCUUCCUUCCUUGCUUCGAUUCCUCUCUGUUUUCCUCUCGAAGAAAACCAAUGAUACUAGCCCCACUAGUGAAUCCCGACUCUCAACUCCCCAUUUAUCCCCAACGCAACAACCCGCACCUUCAUCUCCCCACCUCUCCUACAUCUCCAUCAACAUCAAAAUAAAUCCACACGCGCCUUUUUUUUUCUUUUCUUUCCCGGUCUUAUUUUCCUCUUCUCUAAACAUAGCACCAUGCAAGACGCGCUCCGCCAUCCCGCUUUCCCCCGCUUCGCUCGGAACCACAAGUUUCCGUGACGCCCCAAACAUGGUU